AUGGCGGACAACAACGAGAAGAAGGUCGAGAACGAGACCAAGCCCCAGGAGGAGAAGAAGAAGCUCCCCCAGCUCGGAGCUCUGGAGGACGACGACGAGUUCGAGGAGGGGACCGUAGCGGACGGUUUGCAGAGCACGCAGGAGCAGUUGUGGGAGGACAACUGGGACGACGACGAUGUCGAGGACGACUUCCAGAAGCAGCUGCGGCAAGCGAUUGCCGAGCGCGCCGGCGGCGACGACGCCAUGAAGGAGUAA